GCUGCCGUCACUGACUGCUCUUCACGCUUCGUCCGGAACGAUGUCGGCUUCCAGAGUAGCUCUUGGAGCAGCGAUGCUGGCCCCGAUGGCCCUGGGUUUUCUCGCUCCAAUCUCCUUGCCACGUGGUACGUCCAACCCUGCUGGUGCCAUCAACUCAGCAACAUCAGCAGCUGCGGCAAGCAGCUGCAGCGGCAGACGAGCUCCUGUAACAGCAGUGAGGAUGAGCACAAGAAACGAACCACAGCAGAAACAGCAGCUGAAGGCUUUGGAGAUGACCCCACGAAGAAAACAGUUCUUCCGUAUGGUGUCAGAGGGCCUCAAAGUUGGUUUCGAGGGCGAGGACCUCUCCCGUGUGGAGAACUUCGUCCGCUAUUGCAAAGGAGAGCUCGAGUACAAGGCGCUGGGCCCGCUCCAUCAGCCCAGCGAGGAGUAUGUAGAGGGCCUGCGAGCCAAGCCGUGGUGGGAACCGCAGGAGUUCGAGUGGAUAAGCGAAAUGGAGGAGAGGUCAAGCAUCGUCAUCGACGAGUUCAAGGCGUUCUGGAACGACCCUUUGUCGGGGUUUGCGAAAGACAGCGUCAACAUGAACAUCAUGGGCAAGGGUUGGAGCGGCGUCCGCCUUCAGCGGCUGGGCGAGUGGAUACCGGAGAAUUGCGAGAAGUUUCCCAAGACCGUCAAGCUACUGAAGGAGCUGGAGAUUCCCCUGGCGGUGCGCGGAGUAAUGUUCGCGCGGCAGGUGCCCGGGAGCGGGGUGUCUCCGCACACGGACGGAAGAAAUUUCAUUUUGACCACACAUCUCGGGGUAGACGUACCGGAGGAUUGCUGGAUGCGGGUUGGGGAGGAGAAGAGGAGUUGGGAGAACGGCAAGGCGCUGAUCCUGGACACGAGCUUCGAACACGAGACCCGCAACGAUUCUCGGCGCGACAGAAUCGUCCUGAUCAUCGACUACUGGCAUCCAGACCUCACGAAGGCCGAGCAAGAAGCCCUGGCGUUCGUGUAUGACCUUCGAAACAAGUUCGAGUCCGGAGAGAUACCGCUAGAGGAGCCGGAAGAGAAGGGCUUGUUCGGGGCUUUCAAGCGGGCGUUCCAACAGUAG